GCUCCCAAUUCUUCAGUUCGAAGCGAACUGUCCUUAUUCUUUUUGCUGUUUUACUGUUAAUCUGCAAUGGCUCCGAAGGCCGAGAAGAAACCUGCAGAGAAAAAGCCAGCAGAGGAGAAGAAGACGGUAGCAGAAAAAGCCCCUGCUGAGAAGAAGCCUAAGGCCGAGAAGAGGUUACCCAAGGAAGGUGCCAGUGGUGAUAAGAAGAAGAAGAAGACCAAGAAGAGCACCGAGACCUACAAGAUCUACAUCUUCAAGGUUCUGAAGCAGGUUCACCCUGACAUUGGUAUCUCCAGCAAAGCCAUGGGAAUCAUGAACAGCUUCAUCAACGAUAUCUUCGAGAAACUCGCUCAGGAAUCUUCCAAGCUUGCUCGCUACAACAAGAAGCCAACCAUCACCUCUCGUGAAAUCCAGACUGCCGUACGACUUGUUCUUCCCGGUGAAUUGGCCAAACACGCUGUCUCUGAAGGAACCAAGGCUGUUACCAAAUUUACUAGUUCUUAGAACCAGAAUUGUAUCUCCCUCCCUCCAUUUUCGGAUUUUCAAUUUCAUUACAAAAGACAGAUGCAAUCGCUCAAUUUUUUUUGGGGAAUUUGAAAAGGUUGUGAUUAGAUUUUCGGUCUCAUACUGUAAAUUUCCUUUUCUCUUCUCGAAUUUAUAGAGCAUUCAUCUUCUUGUUUUCCGACUCGA